GCUGAGUUUGCACGUUGCAUUGCAUUAAGGCAAAAACUGUCUACUUUGUGUGUUUAAUUUGUUGUGUGAAUACAAUCGAGUAACAUGUAGUUAACCAAAUUGGCUUAGUACAAUAUAUGAACCUUGUCAUCUAAAGUAACACAAGCCAUUCUACAAUGUCUGACCUUGCCACCUCAUUUUCCUUUAUUAUGCAAAAGUUGCACUGGUUUAACUGUAGUUUAAAUGAUUUAAGUAUUUGUAGUGAAAUGGAAGAAUUAAACUACCAAAGCUAUAGAUUUUGAGGUUAGGUUCUUAGCUGAAAAUGUUCAUAGAAUUCAGCAUUUAGAAUUUAUUUCCUUAUCCAACUACAGAAAGUAUCCUUGUGGUUCGUUUUACUGAAGAUGAAGCAGGAGACUUCCCGAAGAGCAGCCUAUACUGUAGAAUGUAAGGAUUAUGUGCAUGUGGUAGAAUUCAAUCCAUUUGACUGUGGCACUGCAGAAUCACUGAUUGCAUAUGGUGGCAAUAAUUAUGUAGUUGUCGGGACUUGCAGAUUCCAGGAGGAGGAUGCAACAGUGGAAGGAAUACAGUAUAAAACUCUCAGGACUUUUCAACAUGAAAGCAGAGUUGAUGCCAUUGUGUGGAGCCCAGAAACUAGAUUUGAUGCUUUACCUCCCCAUAUAAGAUUUUGUACUGCUGCUGCUGAUAGGAAGUUAAGGUUAUUCACAUCGGACCUCAAAGAUAAGAACGAAUAUAAGACCUUGGAAGGCCAUUCAGAUUAUAUUAAUGAUUUGGUAUUUUCACCUAAUGGUCAAGAAAUUGCAAGUGUGAGUGAUGACCAUACAUGCAGAGUCUGGGAUUUGGAAGGAAACUUGAGAGCUUAUUUUGUUCUACGUUCUCCUGGAAUGAGCGUGGGCUGGCAUCCUGAGGAUGCAUUCAAGUUGAUGGUAGCAGAAAAGAAUGGAACAAUAAGAUUCUAUGAUCUUGUGACCCAUCAGGCUAUCUUGUCUCUCACAACUGAUCAAACACCACUAAUGUCAGCAAGCUGGUGCUUAAAAAACACUUUUAAAGUUGGAGCAGUUGCAGGGAAUGACUGGUUUAUCUGGGACAUUACUCGAUCUAGUUAUCCUUUAGAUAAGAGGCCUGUUCAUGCAGAUAGAGCCAGAUUAUUUAGAUGGUCCCGAGUGAAUGAAAACUUGUUCGCCACUACUGGCUAUCCAGGAAAAAUGAUUAGUCAACUUCUGGUUCAUCAUUUAGGCCACCCUCAGCCUAUCCUUAUUGGUUCUGCACCCUUAGGAUCUGGUUUAACCUGGCAUAGGACCCUUCCGCUAUGUGCCAUGGGAGGAGAUCAUAAAGUGUUCUUUUGGGUGACAGAAAUGUAAAAAAUGGUAUGUACAAUAUAGUGGUUGUGUUGGAUAAUGAUUAGGAGAGGGGAGAGUUAAAGUAGUAUACUGUAGUUGAUUUAUUUUACAUUGCUAUUAUAUAGCUAUAAAAUGGAUAUAUACGAAGACAAAGAAUGCUUAUCUCUUCAUGUUUUCAGGGCUAUAAGUUCAGUCACUGCCAUCAGAGCAAAUGUUUUGCCUGGGGAAAAAGUGUUUGCAGUGAAACAUGGCUUUUGAACAAAGUUCUGCAGAUUUUAGAUUACUUGAUUUCUAGGACUAGAAGUGCAGCUGGAUUUCACAGGGCAUUGUACCCAAAGUUGUCUAUGCAAAUGUUAUUGAAAUACUCUCUUGUGCAAAUUCUCAUUUGUUUAAUAGGAAGUGCAGUCAAGAGAAACAAGCAAGAUAGAUUGCCUAUAUGGAAAGAUAUAAGCUUUUAUAUCAUUACCAGCAAAAUAAUGUAGUUGGCUAAGAGUGUUGGUUCAAAUCCCACUUCAGCCUGGAAUGUUCAUUGACAUAGCAUAGCAAAAUCUCUCACAGUGAACAUUUCUUAGUAAAAAUUGAUUCCUGAUAUGAAUGUGUAUGUCUGUGAUACCAAGAAAUGUCAUGCUAACUCUAGAUAGCGAAGCAUGAUGUGGUUGCAAUAAAUAAGUUCAUUUAUUAGCCACUAUUGUGAUAUAUUUUACCACUGAAUAUAUCAAGAAAAAAGACAGAUCAAAAACAGGAACAAGCAGUCGAUUUCUACAAAGAAAUUAAAUUGUACACCUAACAGAUUCUAAAUGGGAAAAGAAAUCAUAUUCUCAUUAUGGAAAAUAGGAACCAUUAACAACAGUAAUACUAGUUAUCAGUUAUUAGCAAGAUCUGUAAUUGAUAACUAAUAAACAUCAAAAUACAUGUUAAGGUCUGGCUAUGUGCAAGUGAAGAGAUGUAUUUCCUGUUGAAGAAAUACCUCCCCUACUUACAUGCUUCAGAAUAGGAUACCAGAGAAAUUUAUUUAGGGGAACAUUUGUGUAGAAUACUGCAGGACAAAAUAUCAGAGUAGGAAUAAUAGAAGAAUAGAAGGGAUGUUUGUCUGUCUGACUGCAAGAAAAUAAUUCCUUCAAAUUUAUCUAGCAAGAAAAGAUUUUUGAACUCCACUUACCAUAUGCCCACAACAAAACUGUUUUAGCUACAUAUACAAUACACCUUUCAUUAAAAACAGUGCUAGUUUCUGUUAAUUUAAUUAUCAGAUUACGCAUAUGAAUUAUACAUGAGACUGAACAUUUUAAAAUACAUUUUCUGACUUAUUUUAGUACUAAUACUAAAAACUGUAGGCUAGUAAGCAAGAGAACUGUAGUUCGUUACAUGGGUACAUGCUACAGACUGAGCAACAAAUUUACAAUCAUAUUGCAAUCACCAGGAUGAGUAAAAUAGUUGCUUGAAUAGACAAAGUAAGAGGUGAAGUGAUCACUGUGAUUCUUUUUUGUUAAGAACCAUUUUCCUGGGUCAAGAUAAGCUCAAACUUUGAUCUUUCCAGGUUGCUAAAUAAUGGCAAAAUCCAUCCCUCAGUUGCAUGAGCGUUAAAAAUCCCAUAAGCUUCCAUUCAUCUAGUUAGGACCGGCACAAGACAAUGUUUUUGAAGACUAAGCUGUGAUAAAGACUAUAAUUUUCACACUGCAAAAUUCAAACGUAAUUUAUUUCACAUGGAAGUUAAUAGUAUGUGAUGGGACAGGGUUAUGAUACAAACUCAGAUGAUACAAAUCAGACACAAUGAGAUGUUUUUAAUUAAACAUGUUCGAAAUUCAUUUGCUUUUCUAAGCUGCAAUGUGUUAUUAUCACUUCAUUUCAUUUUAAAAUUAUGACUUUAUUAACUGUCUGACUUGUUGCACAAAUAUAACAAGGCUACAAUAAAUUAAACAUUCUGUAAAUAUA